AUGGCCGCGACGGCGUGCGCCUACAGCUACCAGGCGGGCGGGCCGGCGCAGGUUCGGCUGCCGGACACGUUCAUCGACGACGUCGAUGGCGCCGUCCAGAAGGCAGAACAGACGCCGGCGCCGGCGCCUCCGCCGCCCCCACUGCCACAACCGUCCAAGGUGCCCCCGUCGUCCUUCCUGUCGCACCACCUCGACAUCUGCACCGAGGGCCUCGGCUCCGAGAGCUCCGGCGACAUCGAUCUCAGCGACCUCACCGACGACGUCAACGGCAACGACAACGACCACGACGCCGCCUGCGUUGACGUCGGGCAGGCACUGCCGUGCAAGUGGCAGCAUCGUGACGGAGGAGGUGAUGGGGAGCCGGGGAGGGCGAGGAGCGCCAGGCCAGCGUUCCCGCCGCCGAUCUCGCUGAUCGGGGCCGGCGGGAAGCCGUGGCUCUACCUCCGGCCACAGCGGGAAGACGGCCGUCUCGUGCUGCGGGAGGUGAGGAUACCGUCACGGGAGCUCCUCCAGGCGCGCCGGGAGGACGGCCGGUUCAAGCUCCAGUUCGCCCAGCCCCAACCGGACGACGAGAAGGACGAAUGCCAGUUGGCCCAGGGCCAAGAUCCAGCAGAUGCAAUGGCGCCAGAUAAAACGCAACAGGGGAACGAGAAGGACUAG